AAAAAUGUUUGCUUGAUGUUGCCGCCUUGUGCCUAUUAAAAUGCGACGCACACAGGCUCCAUUUGAGGAACACGUACCUCACCUCGAGAAAGAAACGUCAACCUCGAAUCUGCCGUUGUUUGUUCUUCAAUACUCGAUCGAGUACAAAACAGUAUCUUCGCCUCCUUUGCUAUUGCUACCGGUACGGUACCAGCUCCUUCUUUGCUGCUACCCAUUAGCAUAGCAUGCCUGGAGCGUUCUUCCUUCUGAGGCUGUUUGUUCUUUUGGUUGGCAUCAUUGUGGAAGUUCACGCUCUGCGAAUCUGUGGUCAAAAUUAUUAAGUGAUCAAGGCUCCCUCAUAUAAUUGUUUGGAAGAGAACGAGUAGCAGUUUGAAUUGAAAGGACAAAAUGAAGACUUUCAUUCUGAUACUUGGCGUACUGCUGCUGAUUGCGCAGUCCGGAAGAUCCUUUACGACUACUACUAGUCUUAUUAAUACACGGCAAUCUGCGACGCCUCAUCAUCAGUAUGGCCCAUUACUAUUACCACCAUCUUUGAGCGCCAUUUCGGCACUGGAAACGGCCGUCGACACUUCCUCCUCCUCGUUUCAUAAGGAUAAUAAUGCCGAUGAUGAUGGUGCGGACUAUUAUCAUGACACCGAUAAUGACGACGACACUGUGAGUUCGGAAACACAUCGCAUCAAUCUGGAAUUGGCCAAAUUGGCCGUGGCAUGUGCCGACAAUACGCGUCAGUCCCAACGGUUGGCGUUGGCGGCAUUUGAUUUGCUAAAGCACAACAUGACGCAUCCCGAUACCGUUGCCUACAAUUCCGUCCUGAAAGCAUUUGCCAAGUCGGCGCCCAGCAAAUUCCCCCCGCCGGCAUCCAGUCGCAGUUCCAAAUGGGUCUCCGCGGCAGAACGCGCUCAUCAUUUGCUCGAGGAAAUGAUGGCGGUCCACAAAGCACAAACAGCGGCAUAUCAAGACUGGUAUAUUCGACGCGACAAGCAACAAACCAUGUCACAAGCUGAGUUACAGCAAGGACCUCCGAAAAUUCGAGUCAAACCCAACGUGCGAUCUUUUUCCACCGUCAUGGAUGCUUACAGUCGCACCGGACAGGUCCCGGAAACACUACAGGUGUUGCAGGAACUCCAAGACCGAUACGACGAAACGGGAGAUUUUGCCCUGCAACCCAACAUUGUUUCCUACAAUACCGUUUUAGCGGCUUACGCCAAAUCACGAGGAGGACUGCCCGCGGCCGAACAAGCCGAACAAUUUUUGGAAGAACAGGUCGUUCAACCCGAUGUCGUCUCGUACAAUGCUCUGCUGGUUUGUUGGGCGCGAUCCGGUGUGCCGCACGCGGGAGAACGGGCCGAAGCCAUUUUACGACAAAUGCCCGUCACACCCAAUACCAAAUCCUAUGCCACCGCCAUGGAUGCACUGGCACGGUGUGCCCGGUCCGACUCGUUGUCCGCGGCACGAGCGCACGGAUUGUUGAAGGAAUUGCAAGAGGCGUUUGAGGAAACGGGCGACGAAGCGCUACGACCCAAUUGCAUUUCCUAUUCGUCCGUCAUUCACGCCUAUGCCGUUUCCAAAGAACCCCAAAAGGCCCAACGGGCAUUUGCCUUGUUGGAAGAAAUGAAACAAAAGGGACAGACCGAUCCAGCCGUACGGCCCAAUACCGUCACGUACAAUAGUGUCCUCAAUGCCUGUACCACGUCGUCGCCACUGGGAGAUCAUCAUUAUGACGGGGGAACCAAUCCCAAGUCACUGCAAAGUAUCGUGCAGAGUCUGUAUCAAGAGUUGAUUCAAAGUGACGACCCAAGACUCAAACCGGAUCAUUUUACCUUUGGCACCGUGUUGAAAGCGUGUGCCAAUAACAUUUUUUGGGACGAUCCCACUUUUGGCAUGUACGUCUUUCAAGAAGCCCGUCGACGAGGACAAGUGUCUUUGGGGGUGUUGGUACAGUUGCGGCAUGCCGUUCCCAUGCACGUUCUGUGCGAAUUCAUGCCCUCACAGGCGUACGAUCGAGAGACACGACAAUUCACAAUGUCGCACAUACCCAAAGCCUGGACGAGAAAUGUACGAGAACGUAAAAAGUAGCUACUAGUAAUUAAAGGGAAUAAAAAUGCACAUUGUCGAAUUUGUAUGCAUUCGUUUCUAACCGGUAACAACAAUACAUAACGUCG